AAGUCUAUGAUGACAGUAGUGAACUAUGUAGUGAUUAUGUGGUAUUUGGUUCUGGAUAUCGAUGACAGUUCUGUGGCAUCUAUUAAAACCGAUGUACUGAUAAACAGAAAACCAUGAGUGACACAACAAAAAUUCAUCGGAAUUCUUAUAUAAGCGGUUAAACGAAGGUAAACGAAAGUAGCCAGUUGACCCGCAGCAUUUACUUCCGAGAUGUGCAUCGCACAUACACGAAUGAAUCGUAAAAUGACUGUUUCUUGAUUCUGCAACGAGAGAGGAAGAUCAUCAUCAUCAUCAUGGAGGAGAACGAACUGUACAACGUUACAGUUCCUUCGUUUUCAAAAAUCGAAGCAGCGUUUUGGAACUAUUCCGAUCAUGUCAUCCUCGACGAUCUUAAGAUGGACAGUAGUUUUAUAUAUUUACUUUGCUCAUUAGUGUCUGCUAUUUCAUGGAUUAUCUAUAUAGCUUAUUACAACAGCAGAGUCAUCGGUUAUAUAUUAACUAAAUUGUUAAACCGGUUUGUUAUUAGAGAUGGAUACGUUAAAGUAGGCUCUUUUACUUUAAGUGCACUAAGUGGAAAGAUAAUGUUCCGAGACAUAGUUUACAUCACAACGGAUUACAGUAUCAGAGUUCAGGACGGAUGGUUGAUAUUCAGAUGGUGGCGAAGUUACGUUCCCAAAGACGUGUCCGAAGAUCUCUCGCAUUCGGACACGCGACUUUCAGUCAUGCUGAACGGGUUCGAAUUGCAUAUAUACAAUCGCUGUCAGAUGUAUGCACAAUUAGAGAAAACGUUCGGUCUGACACCGCAGAUGUUCCCCGACGUAGAGAAUCACAACGUUAACAGCGACGAUCGUGACGCGGAGUCGUUCAGCAAUGCCCACGAGACGCGCCAGCAGAUAAACGCGAUGGACGUCUCGCGUCAUGUUGACAACAUCAGGAAAAAAGAGGCUCAUGUGAUAGCUCGAACUUGGAGAGAUUUAAUCCCUGUUAUCAAGCUCGACGUUUCUACAGGGAGGCUGGUGUUCGGUAAUCGGUUGAUCCCGACGACUCUAUCGAUCACCGUUGAGGAGGCUCAUUUCGUAUAUUCCACGAAGCCAGCCGCGUCCCGAUACGAUCACUUCAUGCAUUUCACAAAAUGUAAAGCAGAGAAUUUCAAAGUCAUCUUAGCUCCUAGUCCGAAAUACACAGGAAUGGUGGACGAUCCUCCAAGAUACAUGGGCGAAGGGUUCGUCGUGUUAAGCUCGAACAAUAUGGAGGUUUAUUAUUACAUGGACGAGCCCGGGUUCGUUCCUGAACACCCGCAGAUGAUUCAAUUAGUAAACGGAGACAUGGUCGAGGCUAUGCCUCCGAUUUGGGGCAUCGAUAUCAAAUGCGGCAAGGGGACUGAUUUCAGUUACGGCCCUUGGGCCGAUAGACAAAGAGAACAUUUAUUUAAAUUCUUCUUCCCCAACGAUUACCAACCGCUGAAGGUGACCAAGACUCCUGUGACCGGAGAGAAGCGACAGGUUCAGUCGUUCGACAUCCGAUUAUCAACGUUGAACGAAGCUACGAUCGAUAUACUGUUCAGUAAAAAUCGGGAAACGAACGCGGUGCACAUCAACGUGGGCCCCGGCUCGUAUUUAGAGAUCACAAUGCCGUGGAUUGUUUUACAAGACGGUUACACUACGAAGAUAACUGGGCAAUUGUUACAUCUAGAAGCGACCACCAGCUUGCAGUACCGGAGCCUGGUCGAGAGCGAGACGUUAGAAUUCAGCGUUAAAUGUCACUACCCGAUUAGAUGGAACGAUCAUCAAGAGUGGAAAUUAAAUCUGACCGGGUGCAAGGCUACCGCAAACUUAGUCUAUUCGCACAAAGAGUUUUUUCAAGACAUGAUCAACGACUGGGCGAGCAAAGCCAGACCGGACAUUCUACAUUUUGUACCUUAUACCUGGAAGUUUAAUUUAGUAUUAAAAGAGUUCGAACUGAUCACGCUGUGCAACGAGUACAAUUGGAUCGACUGUUCGUCGCAGAAUCAAGAGAACGCGCACAUCGCCUUUUGCGGGGAGUCGUUUGAAUUAUCGUUCGACUUGCCGUUCGUCGACUUCCUGCCGAUCACGAUACCGUUACGUUUUUGGAUACAAGGCGAGAGCGUCGAUCUGUCGUUUUAUCUACCCGAAGUCAAUACGAGUCGUACAAUUCUCUUAGCUCUGAGUAAAAACGCAAAGAUAAUGACGCGCGACGGUUCGCACGUCUAUCUGUCGGAUUUGAACAAGAGUAAAAAGUGGAGGAACGUUUGUCAAAAGGGCGCGGGAUGGGUCGACUGUUGGUCGGUGCCGAUCGUCGCUCUCAGCAUAAAUUAUACAUAUCAUCCGUGUCCUCCUUUGGGACCUACGCCGCAAGCGAAUAUAACCACGCCGGAGAAAGAAGAGAUUCUAUUAUCACCGAUGAGGAUCCCUCGUUGCCGUAAAUCGCCGGGUAUUCAAUGGACGAGGAACGGUAGUCAGAAGUUCGACCCGCAGUCCUUGGCGCCGGACAAAGUUAGCUUAGACCUCGAGAUAGGACCGUCUAUAUUGAUUUUAUACGGAUCACUUUUGAAAAAUUUUAUACACUUAAAAGAGAACUUGUUCGGCGAUUACCAAACGUUCACAGACAUAGAGCAGAGCCGGACGAAUCCCACGUCGAUAAGCACGGAGAGGAGUAAAGACAGAGACGUGCAGAACAGUAGCGUUGAAUCUGUGGAAGACGAGGAUGCAAAAUCGAAACCGUUCGACCCGAGGGACUACCGGCCUUUGGAGGUAUCGGUCGGGAUUACUAUGCACGAUAUUCAAGCUCAUUUAGUAAAGAACUGCGGGGAAAACGAUCCCCCUUGUCCUGUAAUUCUCCUCGAACGAUUCGGAUUUGAAAUGAAGAAAGGAUACAAAGAAACUGAGCUGCAACUGCUUUUAUCACCAGCCAUCGCGUUGAUUACUGACAACGUCGCUCGUUCGAGUAAAGAACGUCAUUUAAAUCAAGGGCAUUUGAUGCUGAGUGCGUUACAAGUCCGCGGACACGCGAUGUUCAGUAAUGAAGGCAGGAGUUUAGAUCAAGAGACUUUGGAAUACGCAUGGCUGAUUGAAAUACAGUUAGGAAAACUAAGCGGGAAAUUGACCACACCUCAGCUGCAUCAUCUUGUUAUAUCUUUAGAAACUUUUCUGUUGAUGGUUAAGAAUAAUGAGAACAGUUUGCGACCUCCGGAUUUACCGCAUCAUUGUCAUCAUGGUAUUCCACCUUUGCAGUGCCCCGACAGCGACGUUGAUAAACAUUACAGGUGUCCUAGCUCGGAGGAUAUUAAAUACAGAAUGACCAGGGUCGCGAUAGAUGCGAUCGAUUUGUAUUUUCAAGAACUCGGCACUACUAUUCACAUUUGGAUAUCUCCGAUUCGCGCGUCUACGUGUAACCUUCACGGUCAACAAGUGAAAUCUGGCGUGACUGGUGUGCUACCGAGGAUACUGAUAAGACAGUUCGUCUCGGCAGCUGAUUAUUUUGCAAAUACGAGUAAUACGAACACGGCUGGCAGCGGGAGAUCGCAUAAUAACGCGAGCAGUCGGAUAUCAGUUACUUUGGGCGACGGAUCUGAUAUAUGGCUGGAAGUGGGUUCGGUGGGUUUAGGCCCGGUGAUUCUAGAAGCCGCGAUUUCGCUCCCGACGCCUGAACACAAUUUACAUUUAGUACAAAACAAAUACCUGAAACUACACGACGAAUCGACGAAACGUUUAUGGUUCUUAUGGCCACGAGAAAGCGGCGUGAAGGCUACGAAAUGCGGUUGCAUCGGAGGCUGCGCGUUCUUUGGAAACAAUCGCAACGGGCCAAGAUUCUUUAAACCGAAUUACCAAGACUUCCAAGAUGGAAUUAACGUGGCCGCUUAUAGGAUUAAUGAAUCUGGGAAGGAGAAAGGAUUUGGACAGUCGAUUUUGCACGACGGCCAGCUGGUUUUCCACACGUCGCCGUAUAAUCUUCAGGACGUUUCACUACAGGAACACCCGGUGGCGGGUGUGAAAUUAACACAAGAUGCACCGCAGACGUCGAAAAAGGGCGUCGAACGGCCAAGGUCUGUGACAGAUCAUAGUAAAGAGUCCAAUAUUGAAGGAACUAGUAGUACGAAAUUAAUUACUGCGACUGCAAGUCCAUUCGCGUGCAGUGGGGACCGGAAACUGCUGGACAGAAGAUUUUCUUAUACGUCGAUGCGUGGCAGUUGUACGAAAGACGUUCCUUAUUCUCGAUUAGUCGACGCGAGUCCAGUCGCACAAUUGCCGCAGAAAUUGGACUCCGAUUCAAAGCUGCACACAGAACGCAGUAAAUCCAUCUUAAGCGUCCCUGAAAUCGAAGCCGCGCCGAAGAGCAGCGUGUCGGAUUCGAAGUUAGCAGUGGACUACUUCAACGCGAACGAAGAACCGUUCGAAUCGAACAGCCCUCAGUCGUUGCCGAUAGUUUCUUCAGAACUGAAAUUCUCUGAUUCUAUGCAAACUAGUACUAAAACUGUUAACAUGUCCGAUUCUCGUCAUUCAUUGUACAUGAAAUCUGAAUCCGACGAGAAAUUGAAACAAGAGGUUCAGAGGACGAUAUCUAUGUCUUCUGAGAAUCAUUCAGAGGCGUUUUACUCAGCAGAUGAAGAUACAAGCCAUGGAUUAAGCGGAAGUCGGACGUCGAGUCUACGUCAGUCGAUCGUCGGCUCCGGUUCUGUGUUGAACCGCAACGAUAGUAUGAAAAAGAAGUUCUCCUCGGAUUUGUCCAUCGUAGAGAGUUCGACGAACGUAAAUGCCAGCGUGCCGGAGAAGGCGCAUACUUUAGAGAGAGCGAAACCGCAGACGAUGAGCACGAAACGUAGUCCGAGGAUAAAUCGGAACGUGCAUAGCGACGAGGCGAACGAUGCGAAUGGCGUCUUACGAGAUUCCUCUGAUAGUCAUUCUGUAUCCUCGACUAGCUUUAUAUCAGCCGUGUCCUCGCAGGAGGACGUCACUCUCGUUAAUUUGCACAUGCAAGUGAACAAACCGAUCGUAGAUUCGCCGCUACUCAUGUCGAGUUACGUUAGCCAUUUGACUCAGGUACGUUGCACGAACUGGAGCCAGUCGUCGAUUCCUGCUGGAGGCGCCGCGUUCACUACGCCUCUUUUUCAACGUUCUGAGGAUGGUAGAUUAGUCUACGUCGGUGGGAGGUACGUACCGAAGUUGGAAACCGUUAUGGAAGGUUUCACGUCGUUGAAAAUGAUCACCAAGUCUGAUGGCUCGCCUGUGGCUAACUCUUCUAAUAAAACACCGACGCAUCCAUACCUCUGGGACAGUUCGACUAUCAAUCAUAUGGAAGGCGAAGAAGAUCACACGGAUAGUAAUAAGGAGGAGUUAUUAACCGUGCAACAUGAAAGUGGCUCGCGUACUACAGUCAUUGUAAAGUUCAAAGGAGACGUGGAUGUAAUGUUAAGCCCUAUGGUUUUAGAAUCUCUGCAACGUUUCAUCGAUUCUAUUAUACCAACGUUAGCGACUUUGCAUCCACUCACGAUUCUAAAUCAUCUGCAUCAUGAAUGCAUUGGGAAAGUCGAGGACGCUAAUAUUUUGAAACAGGAUCAGAGUUUGUCCUAUUGGGGUCAAGUACAGACAAGUUCGAAACGAUCUACAGCUGAGAGGAAUAUUAAAAAUGGUCAAGGUGACGAUAAACGUAAAAUCGCUUUGCAAACGAACGUGUACGAGGAGAGUAUUAUGACUCAAGUUCAAGGUAGCAUAAUUUUACCAAAGAUGAACAUUACUUUAUUACAAGCUUCAGUUGUUGAAGAAAUUAUAUCCUUCUCUGCCCUUGAGAAUAUACGUGAUUUAACAUGUGUGUCUUUGUUCGCCGUCUGUUUCGACGACGUGACCGCGCGAUUUUAUAUCGGGAAGAAAGCAAGAGAGAUAGUGCAAACGUUUCACAAGCCAGCUGUCUUACCGAACCAGAAGAAAGUGAAUAAAAUCAGCAGAGCGUUUUUACCCGGACAUCAAACUGCCGCUGUGGUCGCAGACAUCGGAAGCGGAGAGACUGUGUACAUAGAAACAUCCGAAAAACAGCAAGAAGAAAUUAUAGUCACAUUAAACAUAGGCAAAGCUCAUUCACAAUUACGCAGACUUCGGAACGAAUCGUCGAUAUUAAAAGACGCUGUAAUAACAGCGAUUCCUGCUCACUAUUCAAGAGUAUUAUUCGCCUGUACGAGAAUCACUUCUCCACUAAAAGAUUACUACGCGCAUCAAUUCGAUGAUAAAGAAAAAACCAAACCUUCUGGCUCGCCGCAAGCAACGGAAGAGUUCACGUCUGGCAGUGGAGAGGAUAGACUAGGUUUCAUAAUGUACGAAUGCGGUUUAGAGGGUAUUAAAUUAAAAAUAGUGAAGAGGUCUCAGUUUGAAAAAGGAGAAAACGGGAACGAUGAUAAGAAAGUGGAAUCGGAAAUGUUUUAUACAGACAGCGUGAAGAGCCAAGAAGAAUUAGACGCUAGUAAGAAAUCUACUUCUGCGGCGACGGCGGAGCCGGAGACGGCGCCGACGAACGGAGCUCAGAUAAACACAAGCGCAACGUGCGGCAGCCUUGCUUCAAAAGCCGGGAACGGAAACACGGUUUCUUGUAUCAUAGAAUUGAAGACGGUGUGGUUUAACUUCGCAGCGCCUCCCCGAACGCCGAUAACACGGAAGAUUGAUUACACUCGUUUAGAUUGGAACUUAUUAAGCACCGCGUCGCCGGCUAUAAACGCGUGGAUGAACCCCAGCAAUAAAUUCGCUAUUCGAAUCGUGCAUAUGUUCCGAACUAUGUACAGAAGGUCAACUGCGGUCGUUGCUUGCCUCAUGGCAGAAGCCAUCGACGUUCAAGCAACUCACAUGCCAACUAAGAGUCGUUAUGGGAGAUUGACUCCGUUGGCGAAAACUCUGCAAGAAGACCCCUCGUGCCAGUUGUGUACUAUUCUACAAAAUUAUGUCCUGUUAAACGAUUUAAAGAGCAUCGAAGUUAACUUGAAGGAGUCAGAUUUACCUUUACUAUCAACGCUGCGACAGGGCGUGAUAGUGUUGAGCAGGCAGUGGAAGAACGUCCUUUACACGCCGUUACUAUUGGAACAUAAUUACAAAACGAAGCAUGUUAAACCAUUGAACGUGACGUUCGCGGUUUCAGACCCGGACGAGGAAAAUUUGCUGACCGACGGUGAAGGUAGCGCGGGAGAAGUUGAUGAUCAGGAAGUCACUGACGAAUGUGCUAUGUUAAUUCACACAGAUCACAUGCACAAGCAUACACACGCGAAGAGCGGUCAAGACAAAAGUACAGGUAUUUAUGGUGACGGUUUGACGGUUCCUGUAAGCUCUCCCCGUGGAAAAGACACGACUCCUAUAGCAACACCGGUUCCAGGUCCGGAUUCAUUAACUUCCCCCUCUCCGCCAGUAGUACGUGUUAAGAAAGGAAAAUCACUACAACCCACGCAAAUGCCUGCUAGUACACGAGCGAGUAUUGUUUUUCCAUUGCUUGCAAGCGGUGGGUUGUUCAGUCAGACCCGGGAACCGAAUAACAUAAGUUACGGGACGUUGCGAGAAGAGAAGACACCACAGAUUCACAUUUCCCAUUCACAUCAACUCGGUUCGAAUCCGAGUAUUUAUUCUGGAGGUGGACAUAGUCAGCAUAGUACUGGGAGCUUGGAUCAAGUCAUGUCACCGACGAGCCAUCAUUCUAAUAAACCUUUGAACACUGGAGAGGAUUUAUACAGCUGGAUGGCUAAACAGCAAGAGUUUAUCAAAGACAAUGAUAAGAGCAAUUUAAAAGGGAAUUGGGUCUUUCAUACCGAGCAAAAGUCUUUGAAGGAUUCUAAGAUUAAUACUAUGACGACAGACGACACGGAAGACUCUGACGUUCAGAGUGGCACUCUUUUAUAUCCAAUGAAAGAUUCCCUCAGACUUCUGGACGCGCAUUUAAUUUUCGAACCGCUCCUCUCUUCACUGUCUGUCAUGCCACAGCAAAUGUUGUCUGCCAUCGGUUCAGGAAAUACAAACAACGUAUCGUCAUUAGAUUCGUUAGGAUCGAACUUGUCUUUAGUAGGAAAUAUGGAAACUAUGCGAAUCGACAUAGUCGUCAGUGAAUUUGGCAAAGUGACUGACAAGAGGAAAGGUAAUAAGUAUCAAACGAAGAAGGGAAAUUCUAAAUUUCAUUUAGAUAUUCCGCCGGAAACGCCUGCGUUUCUAUGCGAGAAGAUCGGCAUUGAUAUCGACGUUAAGAAAAUGGCUGAUAUGACAGUAGACGAUAUGAUACAAAAGCAAACGGUGCUGUACAUAUCCCGGGGCCAAUUGAAGAAGCACACUAGUACAUCCGUGAACUUUAGUUUGAACAUACGGUACAUUAGCCAGCAAGUAAACAUGCCUCUUCUCCGAUUGUUACAUCAGAUAAGUAAUAUGUAUCAAAACGUUAAGGAGACGCAAAUGGAGCUGAAAGAACAGCAACCGGAACGAAAACGAAACAAUCAUUUGAUCGUAAACGAUCCUGUAGCGAAGAACGGCUCGUCAUCAACGUCAGAUUUACAAGAGCAACUUUUAAUAGAAGGCAAGAAGAUGGACGUGCCGCUGCUGCGCAACAGUUUCGAGCCAAACCUCGCAAAAACCGCACCAGCCGCUGGUGCCACUGUCCGUUCCCGGCCGCAGAGCUUCGCUCAAAAACUCCGCAGUACUGGAAAGAGCGUCAAAGGGUACAUCAAUCUCAGCGAGGGUGUGAUAACUCCGAAUUUCGGUGCCAGUCCAAACGGAUCUGGAUUGGAUAAAUUCUGCAUACUUCCUGAUAAAAUAAAAGACGCGACUCAUUUAACUCCCCGCUGCUGGAAGACGAUUUAUUAUUUAUUGGAUUUGUAUGCUACUCGACCGGAAACGAAGACUAUCACUCAUCGUUUUUCGAUACCAGCUGAUGCCUCGGAGCAUUACAAAAGCGGACGGAAAUACGAAUUGCUGAACGAAACGAAGGACGCGGAUAUUGAAAAAGGAAUGAAUGCUGAAAAUAGUUCAACUCCUGUGCCUCUUCCUCGGGAAUUAAGUAUUGUGACUGGAGAAAGGACGAGAUUAGUAAUAUUUGGAGUUGCAAGGAUACACAGGACAAGAUUACUAGCCACUCUGAGUGGUUUGAAACUCGAGGCUGAAAUAACGAGUCUUCACUCGAGUAUUACUUGUCGUAAAAAAUCGAGACCAGCCAGUUUGGAGUGUAGUUUAACUGGUCAAAUCGGUAGAACGAUGAUCGUUUUAUUAGAAGGCGUCGCACCUAAUCAACAAACGGUUGUUAAAGUAACUGUAGGAAAAUCGCAAGCUUUGUACUCGAGUAUCAGUAGACGACAGAAGGAUAAGAACAGCGGGUUGCUGACUGUCGGCGCAGUGAACAUCGACAUCCCUCAGCACCCCGUGGCUUUGCACGGAAUGAUGACCAGAGGCAGUAAACAAUUAUCGUCAACCUUGCAAGAACUGCGAGUGACGAGGACGUCUUCGAGGAUGUCCAGAGGCCAGCAACAGGACGAAGUGGACGCUGCUGUGCCUGGCAGUCCUCAUCACUACGCCCCAGCUCCCUCAGUCGAUUUAGAAAAACCACCUGCAGUCUCUGGAUUAUUAGAACCGAUCGUUAUGCAAUUUAAUAUAAUAGUUCAAAGCUUGAGCAUAACAGCUGCUCUGUUACCGUCUUUACAAGCUCAAUAUAAAAUGGAUCAAGUCACAAGCUCUGGUAUAACUGGUAGCAAAGCGAAAUUCACGAUCGACUUACCUCAUCACAGUCUGAGUUUCACGACGAAGCUCCAAGUAACCGAAGCGAAUCUGCCUUCUGAAGCUAGCAUCGCUCUUCCAAAAGUUCACGUGUCUGCGGAGUACAUUCAGGAUGGUAACAAUAAUAUAAACGACAGCAAGCUUGCAGGUGCG